AUGAUGCUGUUGCGGCUGCAGAGGUUAUUACUGCUGACUACGGCACUGUGUAUGGCUCUAGUCAAUGCUCUGUAUGCGGAUCAAGCGGGUGAAUUUGACUGGAGUACACAACACUUGGGGCGUGUCCAUGCCGUCGUCUUCGAUGGCUCCGUGAUCCAUGACUCGACACGCGCUUUGUAUGUGGCUUCGGACGACCAUUCAAGGGCGUUGGCACGUCUGGAUUCAAGGACGGGCGAGAUCCAAUGGCGUCGCGUGUUUCCUGAAGGGGAUACUAUUGACGACAUUCAGCUCACAAUGCAUGGACUGUUGUCCGUGUCGGGAACGGGGCACAAUGUGAGGCUUUGGGAUUUAAAUUCAGGUGUCCUGUUAUGGGACGACGUGACGAACAUCGGUCCUGCUCAGCAGAAUACUGUGUUUGGUGGUCUCUUUUCACUGGAUGAAGAUCAUUCGGUGGUACUAACGUCUUCCAGUGUGACCAUGGUGAGUGUCAAGGACAGACACGUUAAAGUGGAGACACUUCCUACAGACUUUACCAAGGCAGCUGUCGAGGCUGCUGAGCUAUCGUGGCAAGUGGGAUCUGAUAAGGCGACGCUGUUCGUCAUGGCGGGUAAUCACGUGCUACACUUUGAUUUUGCGUCGAGUCGUGUGGUGGACCACUCCACUGGCUCGGAGAUUGAGGGCAAGGACAAGAGCGGCGUGAUUGCGACUACGGUGCUGCGCCGUGACAAUGAAGAGGGAAAAGUUGUAGCAGUGACACUCACUAAAGACCAGCUACUUUUGCAAGGACUGGAAAACAAGGAUGAUGCUAUCGAAAUACCGUUUGCUUCUCUGAAGCUAGAAGACGACAAGGUUGUGGCGAUCGAUACAAGUAUCUCAAACUCAUUGGUAGUGAAGUUAGCGUCUGGAAAGCGUGCUGUCCUGAAGAUUUCGAGUGCACUUGCGGUGGAAGUUGCUGCUAUAGUUGCUGCUGAAGGUGCUCUGAUGAAAUCGGCUACAGAUGACUCGGUUCUCUUCCACGCUGCUGCAAAGAGCAGUAAAAAUGUGCAAAUUACAUUGUACACUUUUAGCAAGAGCUUGAUCUCCGUCUCGUGGGAUCUUGAGCUGGAUAUGGCAUCUUUUGGCGGUGAUGUUUCGCGCGUUUUCGUGGAGUGUCUAACUACGAAGAAGGACUCGGUUCCGAGCUGUCGUGCUGUAUUGGUUUUGAAGGAUGAUGCUCUCCUCAUGACAUCUAAUGGCAAUGAGGCUGGUGCUGCUAGCAACGGCAACGUCCAGUGGCUGCGUGAGGAAUCACUUGCGAACAUCAAGCGUGUACGCUGGAUUACACCGGCGGAAACGGAGAUUGAGAAGCAGGCGCUGAAGCGCAUUCCUUCUUUUACAGAGGAGGUGAAAAUUGAGAUCAAGCAUCUUCAGCAGCUUAUUCAAAAGGUGAUGUCCUUUUCCUCGACACUGUUUGACGAAAGCACGCGCCAGCGUGGUGUGGACAGAUCUCGUGCUGCGCGCAAGGAGCCACCCAAUGCUCACUUGUUUGGCUUUUCCAAAUACAUCAUGGUGCUUACUGAGAGCGGCAAGCUGUUUGCUAUCCGCGCCGAGGCUAGCACUGUAGCAUGGUCUCUUUUCGUGGGCCCGGAGUACCAGCUUUUUGUAACGCGCGAUCAUCCGGUGCUCGGCUCUGGGGCCGAGUUGUUGCUUGUUUCUAACUUGACAGAGCUUGUGUGGCUUGAUGGCAAUGAUGGCCACCAGUUAGAUGCAGUUAGUGCUAGUGCUAGUGAGAGUGCAUCGUGGGUGGUUGUACUGCCCAAGCGAAAGCACCUUGCGAGUGAUAAAGAACCGAUUGCCCGUCGUACGGUGGCUGUGAUUUCGGAGGAUUCACUGCGGGUAUCGCUUUACCCGAAGGAUACAGCAGAUGUCACGCAUCCAGAACUGGAACAUUUCUACUUCUAUCGGUAUGACAAAAGCGCGAAUGCGCUUCGCGGCUACUUUAUCACUAACAACGGUGAUACCAACAGCGUGGACUAUCGUGCUCGUGAAGUGUGGUCAAUUGUUCUAACACGUGAAGAGCAGGUGAUUGCAACGUCUCACCAUCAUGAUCACUCUGUCGUGGAUUCGGCAGUGACCAUCACUGGCGAUGACUCGCUUCUAAUUAAGUACCUGAAUCCGAACUUGUUUGGAUUAGCUACGAUUGCUACAGAGGCCUCAGAGAGUAACAAUGAGGCGACAUCUGUGCUUCACGUAAGUUUGAUCGACUCGGUGGCAGGACGCAUUAUCCACCGGCUUCGCCACCCGCACGCCACGGGACCCGUCCGUAUGGUGCAGAGUGAGAACUGGUUAGUGUACUCGUAUUGGAACUCCAAGGAAAAGCGUACGGAAAUGGUGUCGCUGUCGCUUUUCGACGGUGCUGUGGGUAUGCACUCACUCAAUCUGUGGAAGCGUCCAUCGUGGACUUCCACGCGGUCAUCAUUCGACCCAAAGGCGCCUUUUGUGCUUCAGAAGAGUUUCAUUUAUCCCACCAAGAUUACGUCUUUAGGAGUGACAGUAACGGCGCACGGCAUCACACCUCAGUCCAUCUUGGUCGGUAUGGAAACUGGCCAGAUUUUCAAGUUGGCCCGCAACUUCAUCGACCCACGUCAGCCUGAGAGGCAACUCACGCCCGAGGAACAGGCAGAAGGGCUGAUGAUGUACUCGCCCUUGUUGCCAGUCUACAACCGGCCUCAGGCGAUGCUGACGUACAACCGUACGGUUGAGAACUUGAAAUCCAUCAGCACGGCCGCUGCCGAGCUCGAGUCAACCACUUUAGUGUUUGCUCACGGUCUCGACAUGUUUUACGUGCGCAUGGCGCCUGCCAAGGCAUUCGACCUGCUACCGUCCGACUUUAACCAUGAGAUGCUAAUCCUCCUGUGCUUGGCUUUCCUAGUGGUGACUUUUCUCACGAAGGCUCUCGCGCAGCGCAAGGCGCUACAGACGGCGUGGAAGUAA